AUGGCACAAGCGCAAGCAACGGGGUUCGAAAUGCCCGAUAUGUCGGGCGCGAUUGUAGCGCAAGACGAAAUGGGACGCCCGUUCAUCAUUGUCAAGGAUCAAGGCAACAAGAAAAGACAGCAGGGUCUAGAGGCCAAAAAAUCGCACAUUUUGGCGGCCAGAUCCGUCGCGUCCAUCAUCAAGACGUCGCUCGGGCCUCGUGGACUCGACAAGAUCUUGAUCUCGCCGGACGGCGAGAUCACGAUCACUAACGACGGAGCGACCAUCCUAUCCCAAAUGGAACUAGACAAUGAGAUUGCCAAAUUGUUGGUCCAACUGUCCAAGUCUCAGGACGAUGAGAUUGGUGACGGAACGACCGGGGUUGUCGUACUGGCAAGUGCGCUAUUGGACCAGGCCAUGGAACUCAUCGAGAAAGGCAUUCAUCCAAUCAAGAUCGCCAACGGGUUUGACGAGGCGGCCAAAGUCGCAGUAGCCCAUCUGGACAAAGCGGCAGACGACAUCGCGUGUGGCGAUAGGGCCGCGUUUCACGAUUAUCUGUUCCAAGCGGCGAAAACGUCCCUUGGGUCGAAGAUCGUAUCGAAGGAUCACGACAAGUUCGCGCACAUGGCCGUUGACGCGGUGACCAGCGUGAUGGACUUGGAGCGCAAGGACGUUGAUUUCGAUCUUAUCAAGAUCGAGGGCCGUCUUGGUGGUUCGCUUCAGGAUUCCAAGCUCAUUAGAGGUGUCGUUCUCGACAAAGACUUCUCGCAUCCACAGAUGGCCAAGACCGUUGCGGCAAAAGACGGGUCCGAGGGCGUCAAGUUAGCCAUAUUGACAUGCCCCUUUGAACCACCAAAGCCCAAGACCAAGCACAAACUUGACAUUUCCACCGUUGAAGAAUAUCAGAAAUUGCAAACCUACGAACAGGACAAAUUCAAAGAAAUGAUUCAAUUCGUGAAACAGGCCGGCGCAGACGUGGUCAUUUGCCAAUGGGGGUUCGACGACGAAGCCAACCAUUUGCUUUUGCAAAACGAAUUGCCUGCUGUUAGAUGGGUCGGAGGUCAAGAGCUAGAACUUAUAGCGAUCGCUACCAAGGGCCGCAUUGUUCCUCGUUUUCAAGACCUCUCGAGAGACAAACUGGGUACCUGCGGUAAGAUCUAUGAACUAGAGUUUGGUACGACAAAGGACCGUAUGCUCGCCAUCGAAGAUUGUUCCAAUUCCAAGACCGUCACUUGCUUCUUGCGUGGUUCGAACAAGAUGAUCGUCGACGAGGCCAAGAGAGCUUUACACGACUCUUUGUGUGUAGUUCGGAAUUUGGUCAAGGACUCGAGAAUCGUCUACGGUGGUGGCGCUGCCGAGAUUACCAUGUCCAUUGCCGUCUCCGAAGAAGCCGACAAACAACAGGGAAUCGACCAAUACGCGUUCCGUGGGUUCUCACAAGCGCUUGAUUGCAUUCCUAUGACCUUGGCGGAAAACUCGGGUCUCGACCCAAUUGAAACUUUGUCCUUGUUAAAGAGCAAUCAAAUCAAGGACAAAUCUUCAAGUUUAGGUGUCGACUGUUUGGGCAACAACACGAACAGCAUGAAGGAGCUGUUCGUUGUGGAUCCUUUGAUCGGGAAGAAACAACAGAUUCUGCUCGCUACUCAAUUGUGCCGCAUGAUACUCAAGAUCGACAACGUCAUUAUCAGCGGUAAAGACGAGUAUUGA